AUGACGUACGAUACAAAGAAUGAUCAUGCAACAAAGAAGAAACAAAUAGAUGACGAUUACACGAUAGCAGAAUGUACUGUAAUCAAUUUUGGAUCUGACACUGAUAUAAUCUAUUACUGUCAUCAUACCACUGCAAGAUCCCAGCACAAUAUACUUUCUUUCUCUGAUUCCAGAAUGGAGAAUCAGAGCGAAGACAGGAAACAGGAACCCGCAAAUGGGAAGACUCCCUUAACAGCAAGACAGGUGGUUUGUUUGGCUGCGGUUAGCGGCACGAACUUCCUAAACGGCAUGAUGUCCGGGUGGACUGCAGUCCUGCCAAAGCUCCAGGAGGACACCAGGUUCACGGUGACUGAGGACGAUGUGUCUUGGCUUGUAUCCCUGACGUUCAUUAUGGGCUUCGUGAUCUCCCCUCUGGCGGGCUCCGUAGCGGAACACAUAGGACCGCGGCGUCUGCUAGUCAUUACGAUGUUCCCUGUGGCUGGGUUCUGGCUCCUGCAGGCAUUCAGUCCCUACCUGUGGCUCCUGUACCUCGGCAGAGCCCUCCUGGCGUCAACUGCUGCGGUGAUGUACACAGUGGUGCAGCCCUUGGUAGCGGAGCUGUGCCCCCCAAGGAUCAGAGGUCUGGCUUCGGUCUUGCCAGAGCUGUUUAGCUGCGUUGGACUGCUGGCAUCCUACCUGCUGGCUUCUCUGCUGUCCUGGGACAUGGCUACUGCUGUUGCCGCUGCUCCCUUCUUGCCCCUAUCACUGAUGAUACUGCUUGUACCAGAGUCUCCUUAUUGGCUAGUGAGAAAGAAAAAAAUCGACGCAGCUGAGAGAUCUUUGAGACUUCUUUUAGGUCGUGACGGCAAUGUCGCUGAAGAACUGCGGGCAAUUAGGAGCACAACGACCCUCAAGCAGAGCGAAGUCAAGGACCAGGCGAGGGAGCUUCGCAAGGCCCACAACGCCAUCCCAGUGGUGUUAAUGCUAAGUGUGUUCGUCCUGAGAGAACUCGGAGGCAAAGGACCGGUGUUCAACUAUACAGUGUAUGUGUUCCGUCGAGCAGGAGCACAGUUUGAUGCUUUCUACUGCACAGUGUUCGUCGGUGUUGCUCGCCUGGCUAGCACUUGUGUGUCUGCUUGCACUCUGGACCUGGUGGGUCGCAAGCCCCUCCUUGUGGCGACAUCAGUCAUCUGCGCAGUGUCGGAAGGCGUCGCCGGAGCCUUCCUCUUCCUAGAGGUGGAAGGGGCCGCAUGGGUCCCCCUGGCGUCCGUGAUAGUGUUCGUGAUCAGCUAUGGUAUCGGUCUGGGACCCAUUCCGUGGGCCUAUCUUGGCGAGCUUCUACCUACACCCGUCAGGUCCAUUGGAGCUGCGAUGAUCACUUUUGGUUAUUCAUUAACUUACUUUGCCAUAAACUUCGUGUUUUUGAAAGUGAUAUCAUCCCUUGGUCUCGGACUGACACUGCUUGUAUUCGGAACGUCGAACUUGGUCAUCGGCUUAUUGGUCCUGUUUUUCGUACCCGAGACCAAGGGCCGGACUCUGCAAGAUAUGGAAAAGGCAUUCCAGUCUAAAAAAGUCGUACACGUGCAAAGUUGCCUAUUGGAUCAGGACAAUGCAUCGUCAGAAUCAGGCCUUCUGAGCAAGUCAAGACACAGAGGAGACACUCCCACCCCCUUGGGUCGCCAAAACGAAGCAGCCGAGGCAUCUGGUACCACAAACCUCUCAAGUUAAAGCAUGAGUGAGAGCAACCUUUAUUAUUAUUUUUUUUUUUCCCUUGUUUUCUAAGAUAGCCGAAAACUAUUUUGAGAACGAUUCCGUAAGGAUUCAGAUACUAUCACAAUCUAAGAUCUAAAGGCGCAAGAAGUGCGAUUUUGAUGACAAUUUGAAAUGUGCAAUAUUAUAUUUUUUCAUAGAUUAAAAAUGGAAGCAAUGUGGAGUGAAAAGGGAAUGUUAUAUGCAUAUUCAUAUAUUUACAUAUUUGUUUGUUUGUGUAUGUGUAUCUCUUUAUCUCUAUCUCUAUCUUUAUCUUUAUCUCACUCUCAC